GGGAGAGCGACCAGACCAGCUGCGCCGAUGACCGUGAUGAAAACAACACCGUAGCAGAGAACCCAUCAUUUCUGCGUAAUAUCCGAACAUUACCACCUGCAGUUUGGUGCAGGCUGAAUUUCAGCACGAGUUCUACGAUGACAUUACGUCGGUAAUGUCUUGAAUUGGAAUCAGAAGCGUGCAAACUCGAAUUCGAAAGCCUCAAUCACUUGUAAACUAUGAGCUACUUUCCGCUGAAUAAUUUCAAAUUCCGAUGGAGCACCAUCCAGUCGAUACUGAGGAUGCCGACGGCCAUCAACCUGGCCGACCUCACACAGGAGAGGACCUUGUUUGUCGCCGGCAUCUUGGUGUUUUCUCUCAUGGGCUCCUUCGUCCUUUGGGGGCCGGCGCCGAAGAGAUUGAAGGGCUCCAAAAAGUCCAAAGCUGUAAAAGGCUUGGCUAAUAUGGGAGAAACGUGCUUCUUAAACACAUUGCUGCAAGCGCUGGCCGCGUGCCCUUUAUUCUGCCAUUGGCUCGAGCAACAUAAGGAUUCUCGUCUUGCGUCUGCCCUUCACGAAAUAAUCACUUUUGUCAAUGGUUAUGGGGCGGAGUCGGACACCCCUCUCUUCCCCAGAGCGGUCGUGUCUGCCCUGUCCGCACAUGGCUGGUCCAUGGGCCUCGGCCAGCAAGACUCACAUGAACUUUUCUUCAUCCUGAUGACUUCUUUAGAGGAGCAGGCUGCCCCACCAGCUAAGUCGGCAGACAUUUUAGCCUUGCUGGACAAAGUGGAAGAAUCAUCGUCUGACUACGAAAGUCUGCCACCAGCAAUCAAGGAAGACGACAACCAGAAUGAGAAGCACGAAUCUCCUAUAAACAACUGCCCUGACUUGAAGAGACCCUGCUACAUUUCGAGGGCUGGAAAGCAGUUGAAAACCACACCUAGUCACAAGUUUGACUUUCCUUUCCGAGGCCAGCAGCUUAGCCAGCUCACUUGUACCGUCUGCUCAAAAUCGUCUGUGGUUCAACAUCAAGCAUUUGAUUGUCUUUCGCUGACCCUUCCUGCCAAGGGCUUCAUGUCUUGCUCAUUGGACCAACUCUUGUCGAACUUCACAGCUCCCGAGCAAGUAAGCGGCGUUCUUUGCGAACACUGCUCCAAAGGAGGUGGCUCUCCGACGAAAACGUCAUUCGUCAAGCAACUUAGCAUUGGCAGACUCCCGAAAUGCCUUUGCAUCCAUAUCCAAAGAACGUCUUGGAUGCCUAAUGGACAAGCAUACAAACGCAUGGACUUUGUGUCUUUCCCAGAAGUUCUAGUCAUGGACAAGUACACAUAUUUCCACAAGGAGAGGCUGAAGCGGACUUUAUUGAAACAGCUUGUCCCUCGACCGACUGAACUUAAUCUCACUCCUUCAGCAGCCGGCGCAUCAACCAAAAACUCGCCCGCAGAAGCAACAAGCCAAAUCAAGGACAUUGUUGAGGCGAGACACAAGUAUUUGUUGCAAGCGGUGGUAGUUCACAUCGGGGAAGUCAGCUCCGGUCACUUUGUCACCUUUCGCAGAGUGCCCCAGCCUUCCAAGUGCCAAGAAGAGUGGGUCUGUACUUCAGACGAUCAGUGCCAGAAUUCGUGUCUAGCAGAAGUUUUGAAGGCUGAGGCUUACAUGCUUUUUUACGAGAAGAUUGGUAGUGGUCCUUCUCUGUCAAGCAGUCAAGGCUGAUUUUGUCAUCAUGGUGUAGUAUUUUGCAUUUGGCUAGUUAUUAUAUUUUAAUAUCAGUUGAAACGAACUGCGCAAUUUAUCUUAAAUAAUUGUGGCCACGAAUAUGGAUGCUUUUCUUUUACCAAGGCAUUUUACCAACAAGUUUGCGUAAAUGUCCCAAUUGAUCUCCACUUGUAUAAGCUCCACUAAUUUCAGCCAAGAAAGUUAUCACGGAUGAAAAAAUAAAACAUCUGAAGUAAAUGA